AUGUCGUUUUGGUGGUUGACUAACUGGAUGGCGGCUGCUGGACGGCAAUGUUGGGAUUGUGGAGAGGAUUUCCUGGUCGUCCAACGCCUACCGGGUGAAACACUGCGACGUUUAGCCUCUCGUCUUGAAGAGACUGGCACAACAAAAGAUGCUGCCAGGCGUGGCAGACCCCGGAGUAUCCGUUCUGCAGAGAAUAUUGCUGCUUUAGCCGAUGAUGUCAUGGAAGCGCCUUGGACAUCGGAUAGACGACGUGCCAAGCGAAUGGGUAUCAGUCGACGGUCUUUACACCGAAUGUUUAUACAAGAUUUGAAGAUGUGUCGGUACAAAGUCCAGAUGGUGCAUCAGCUGUCAGCUGCUGAUCGUCAAUCGCGUCUAACACACGCUAUUGCUGCUUUAGCCGAAGAUGUCAUGGAAGCGCCGUGGACAUCGAAUAGACGACGUGUCACGUAA